AUGUGCUUCCAUACUUCUUGAUGCCUCCGCUCACCCUGACCUGAGCCCCUCCCACCUCCUGGACUCGCACCUUUUCUCCCCCCACAGAGGGGGGCGUGUCGACGGCUCUUUAGGACCCAGUGGCUCCUGACAGGCAGGCAGGCAGGCAGGCAGCGGCUGGCUGGGCUCUGAAGCAGGCUGAAGCAGACAAAGGCAGUAGAGAGAGAGGAGAGGAGAGAGACGGCGUGCGGCUGAUCCUGCAGCAUCGACUCGCACUCACUUCCACUCCCCCUCACGCGCAGACUCUCCAGAACAGUUCCCCCCCACAUCACGCCAUUCUCAAACUCCAUCCCUGCCAAGCCAUCAUGGAGCCAGACUUCGGACAUUUUGACGAAAGAGACAAGACGUCCCGCACCCCGCGGGGCGGCCGCAUGAACGGACUUCCCAGCCCCACCCACAGCGCCCACUGCAGCUUCUACCGCACACGCACCCUGCAGGCCUUGACCAACGAGAAGAAAGCCAAAAAAGUGCGCUUCUACCGGAACGGGGACCGGUACUUCAAGGGCAUCGUGUACGCUGUGGCCAAUGACCGGUUUCGCACUUUCGACGCUCUUCUGGCGGACCUCACGCGCUCGCUCUCUGACCACAUCAACCUGCCUCAGGGUGUCCGCUUCAUCUUCACCAUCGAUGGGUCACAGAGGAUCUCAACCUUGGAGGAGCUGGAGGAAGGGGAAAGCUACGUUUGUGCCUCGGAGAACUUUUACAAGAAAGUCGACUACACAAAGAACGUGAACCCCAACUGGUCUGUGAACGUGAAGGCCUCGGCCAGCCAGAGGAACUUGCAGUCCUUGGCCUCCAAGKCUGCCAACGAGCCCCGGGAGUGCAAAGACUUUGUCCGGCCCAAGCUCGUCACAGUGAUGCGCAGCGGCGUGAAGCCGCGCAAAGCCGUCCGCGUCCUGCUCAACAAGAAGACGGCGCACUCCUUCGAGCAGGUGCUSACCGACAUCACGGAGGCCAUCAAGCUGGAGAGCGGCGUUGUCAAACGAAUUUACACGCUCGAUGGCAAGCAGGUGACCUGCCUCCAAGAUUUCUUUGGCGAUGAUGAUGUCUUCAUUGCAUGCGGACCAGAAAAAUUUCGCUACGCACAGGAUGACUUCUCACUGGAUGAGAAUGAAUGCAGGCUGAUGAAAGGUGCUAAAGCCCAGCGCGGGUCGGUGAAGAGUCCCGGUCCGAUCAAACGCAGCAAAUCUCCUGAGUCGACCAACGGGACCGGCUCCAGCAGCCAGAUCUCCACCCCGAUGAAACAUUCCCCCACCUCCACCCCGACCAGUCCAGGCCUAAACAAGCCGAAGGAUCUGGAUCUGCCCUUAUCUCUGGAAGACGAGGAUUCUCUUGGUGAAUCCAUGUAGACGUUCCCUCCAGCAGUCAGCCUUCUUCAACCAGAAGAGUUUUUUUUUCUUACCUCUGCUGUUUUCCACCUUCACAGUGCCAGCUGUUGAAGAGAACCACUCUGUCUCUGUUUUUUUUUUUUUUAAGAAAAAAACCUUGGCCACCAUUUGCUGCUUGAGAAUAACAAACAGCUUUUUUGAAAUUCUGUUUAGAUCACAUCUUUAACAAUCAGCUCUAACAUUCACCUUUAUAUUCAGGAGGAUGGCCACGAACAGGAAGUUAUUGUGUAAAGGAACCCCCUUCCCUUUGUUUGCACUUUGAAUUUAAUUUAUCACGAGUUUCAAGCAGCAAAUGGAUAUUUUUUGAGCAGUUUUAGACGAUUUUGUAUCACUUAUUUGUGAUGUUCCUUCACAUCCUCUCUGUCUCUUCACUCAACAGCUUUGUUGUCAGGGGAAGUCUUUUGAAGCCAGAUUUGAGUCUUUUUCAACCUGCUGUAAAUACUGUGUACAGCCAUCCACCACUACCCUUUCUGUCCAUUGCUGUGCUUCCAUAACAUCACUGUCACCUACCAUUUACUCCGCUUUCUACAUGAUACAGGGUAUGGUCAAAAUAUAAGAAAACUCCAAAUCCAAGCCUCCCAGUGAAGUGUAGGAUGCAGCCCUUGGUUGCAGCAGUUUAUAAAUUCACACUUUUUAACCUCUUUAACUAUGGAUGUUUUUUAAAUCCACCUAUUGAAAAUGACCGGCGUUCAAAUAGACAAAUCAAAUUGAAGGAAAUGAUGCAGAGGCAAAGCACCCUACGUGUUUCUGGUGAGGUUUUCUUCUGUUUUGACCCUCUACAUAAACAUGGUUUACUUGUUCACAAACUGCAGUGCAUGAUGUUGAAUUGUCAUAAAAUGUUUGUCAUUAAAAAAACUAAAGAGGAAAUAAAGGACCUAACAGUAAAUAAGAACAACCAAAGGAAAAACCAAUAAGUCCAUUCUGUAACAAAUCAAACAUUAGGUUUGAAGGUUAUAUUGAGCGAGCAGCUCCCAUUUACACCAGUUUAUUGUUCCAUAUUUCUGAAAAGAAACAAGCUGAGGUGAGAAGUCUUGGAGCGAUCGUUUACCAGUAUCAUUGUCCUUCAAUGUUUUCUUCUUAUUGAGCAAAUGACAACUUGAGAUGACAAAUUUCAAAGCCGUGGUUAGAAGUUUCAAAACUCUUAAAAGGAUCAAAAGCAUGGUGAGAAGGGUCAAAGCCAAAGUCAGUUUUUGACAAAGGAUUACAUAAGAGACAUUUGUCAUUUUUAUAUUUAAAAUCCCAGAGGAGGCACACAUGGCGUUCAUUGCAUGUCACAUUUACAGUCAACAGAUUUAAUCAUCUUUAUCCAAACACGUCUGUGUGGAAUCAUCCAGAGCACGACCUUCUGGAGUGGUUAAAUAGAACUGGACGACUUCUCUGGUUACCCGCCUCAWRUAAAAGCCUGAGGAAGUCGUCGUCGUCCAUGAUUUCUGUUUAACUACAACGGAUUAUCAGCUGUUUCAAACAUYUGUGGGAUUUCUCCUCUUUUUGCAUGGCUCUGCAUAGAUCAGCGAUACGAGAGGGCGAUGAAAGCAUAUUUGUCUAUGUGUGAGUUUUAAAUUUUUAUAUAAAAAAUAUUAAUUUAUAAUGAAAGGUACUUGGAUUGCUUUUUUUUCCCCAGUCAUCACGACUCAUCGUGUGACUAAAGUGAAAUCUUUUGAAGGGAGCUUACUCGGAUUUUUUAAAUUUUUUUUUUAGGGAAUCAAGCCUGAGAAAUGUCAGAUAUGGGGUGAUUCUGAAGCACAAAGCAGGGAUCCACUAAUGCAUCGCAGCAACAGCUAUAUCACUGUCAAAAUGUCCCAACUUUUUCAACGUGUAACCACAGUUUCUGAUUAUAAAAUGCUGCAACAUGUAGCAUCUUUUUAAAUGAAGAGCUAUGCAUUUUGGAUUCAAGAGUGGUUGAAUGUUUCUUUUCUGUAGGUAUGGCCUUUUGUAAACCCAGCAGUUUGUUUAGAACGGAGCCUCCAUUAAAACUUUCAUAUCUUUGUGAUGAAUGGUCUGUCUGAAAGUUGUGUUUUUUUAGGAGUGAUGCAAGCAUCAGCUUGGGGGCGGGGGGGACUUUUGAGCUCAGCUACUUUAAAGCUGAGGACAAACCAUUACAAACUACUUGGUGCUGUUAAGUCCACCUUUUACCUGCAGGGAGCGCUGUAACACCAGCACAACAGCUAUUAAUAUCAGCAGCAGGGAUGCCUCACUUUAGCCACCAUUUUGUACAGAACAAAGAAAUCACUUCUCUYUAAUCACUAUUCUAAAACCUUACAUACUAAUCCAGUGUUUUGUUUUGUUUUUUUUUACAGCUUUUUACAUAUAAAACAAAAUGUUGGUUGUCGAGUAAACCAGUCUGCCACCAUUAAAGAUGGACAGUGUGAUUCAUCACCAUCAAUGGUGCCUUUUUUCCUUUUUUUUUAAAUAACUGUCUUUUUGAUAAAUGAAAAGCGGUGUCAAAGGCUUGUUCUUUAACAGCUCUUUGUAAUAACCUUUUUAAUGUCUUAAACGAGAAGGCCUCUUAACACACUUUGUUUUGUAGAAACACAGGAUGCUUUAUGAUGUACAUACGCUCUUCCUGUUUUGCCUUUCUGAUCGAAUGAAUGACUUUUUUUUUCCCCUCUACCUGAAAUUUACAGUGUCCUUUUUAGUGGUAUUUUGCAAUGUUACUGUGGCUUGUUUCAGUGCUUCAUUCAGUGUAUUAACUGGUAUCCUUUUGCAAAUAAAGCGGUUGUAUUUCA